AUGAAGAAAAUGUCAAUGGCCCUGAUCCCGCUCAUCUUCCAAGUCGGAGCUACCUCCACGUGGAUGAUCCUGACCAGCAUCAUGGCUGUCAAGUCGGUUGCUAUAGGGUUCAUUUUACUCGUGUUCAAAAUUGCCGUCAGCUCGGCCAAGGUGGCAUCAUUCUUUACUUCGUUGAAGGCUAAAAAUAAUCAUCAACCCGACUGGUCCUGGUCUCCACAUUUUGAUCAUCACGGUCAUGUUCGAAGUCUUACUGAUGUAGGUUCAUACUUCCCUGCGUCAUGGAAUUCCUACGCUCUAGAAGCUAACGACAUCUCUGGACCCAGUUACAAGACGAUCCCGACUCAUGAACAAUACGAAGAAUUGGAGUACAAAACGGAUGUCAAGAAAGAACUCAUCGGCCGCAGUUGA